AUGAACUUGAGCAAAGACCUGAAGAAGUUGAUCGAUAAUGCAGUGAGAACAUACCUGAGAGACAAGAGUAGAAGCAGGAAGACCAGACAGGAGGUACUGCUGCAGUAUCUAUCAUCCAGGGUGGAAGCUUUAAGAGAAGCAGCAACUGCCAUUGAGCAAGAGAGAGAAAUCCUCCUGGAAAUGAUCCACAGUAUCCAGAACAGCCAGGACAUGAGGCAGAUCAGCGAUGGAGAAAGAGAAGAAUUAAAUCUGACCGCAAACCGUCUGAUGGGACGAACCCUCACUGUUGAAGUUUCAGUGGAAACCAUUAGAAACCCUCAGCAGCAGGAAUCCCUAAAGCACGCCACCAGGAUUAUCGAUGAGGUGGUCAGUAAGUUUCUGAAUGAUUUGGGAAAUGCCAAGAGUCACUUGAUGUCGCUGUACAGUGCGUGUUCCUCUGAGGUGCCGCCUGGGCCAGUUGAUCAGAAGUUUCAAUCCAUAGUCAUUGGCUGUGCACUUGAAGAUCAGAAGAAAAUUAAGAGACGCUUGGAGACUCUGCUUAGAAAUAUUGAAAGCUCCGACAAGGCCAUCAAGCUGCUAGAGCAUUCUAAAGGAGCGGGCUCCCUAGCUCUGCAACAGAAUGCUGACAGCAGAUUUAAUUAGUUUCCAAACCUGAGAGCAAUGAUGUGAAAAUGAUAACAUGCUAUCUUAAGUGAUAACUAGUCCUUUAUGUUAGGCAUAACCACUCAUUUGAUAAAGAAGAUGAAAAUA